GCGAGCUUCAUCCCCGUGACAUCAACUGUCCGCUGUCCACACUGUCCAGGUCCAGGCCCGAAAGCCGCGAACUUGCAAUUUCAGACGCUGCCUGCACGCCGUUUAAGCUGCCCCAAGCAAUUUAUCGUCGUCCCUUUGUCUUUUUGUAUUCUUUUGCCAUCUUCUUCUCACUCUCGCUAUCUAUCACUCUUUCUUUCUCUCUCUGUCGCCGCUCGGCGGCCAAGUACCACGGUUGCAUUUACUGGCAUGAGUUGAUUUAACCAAACCCAGCGCCGCUCCGUCCCCUCCUCUCUUCGCUUGGCUCAGCCCUUUUGACUUUUGGCCGAUUUGCGCCUCACGACCAACUCGUACCAGCACAUUGCCGGCCAUGGCUGCCACCGACGACCUCUCGCGGGCCGAGUACCCAGCUAUGCUGGCCAACCUCCAACCAACUCAAGCCGUGCAAACAUUGUCCGACCGAGUCAAGCGCAUCACGAAAGUCAACAACGAGAUCGCCGACUGGCUCCAGGAACGCAAAAGGGUUGAGGAGCAGUACGUCGCCGGCCUGCGAAAGCUGCUUGUCUUCAAGGUGCCCAACGCGUCAUCCGAGCUUGGCGUCUUCCAAGCACCAUGGGAUAAGAUCCUUCAGUCUACCGACGCCAUUGCUGCUUCCCAUCACUUGCUCGCUCAGCGCAUCGAGAAAGAUGUCGAACACUCCUUACGAACCUUUCAGAACAAGAAGGAGAUGCAGAAUAUCCAGAACAUCGGCGCGAAUCUCCAGACUAUGGCCAGAGAGCUGGACGAUGCCGCCGAAAAGUCGGAGAAGCUGUCCAAGAAGGGCGGCAAGGCUAAUGCCCAAAAGGUGGAUCAAGCGGCAUCAAGGUUGGAAGCUGCCAACCAGCAAUGGGAGUCGCAGGCGCCCUUCAUCUUCGAAACGCUUCAAGCUUUGGACGAGCAGCGCAUCAACCACUUGCGCGACGUGCUGACCCAAUUCGAGACACACGAGGUGGACCAGGCAACGCGAACCCAGGCCGCUGCCGAAGAGGUGCUGAACAUGAUGCUGGAGAUCAACACUGCGAAGGAGAUCGAGAACUUUGCGAGCAAGGUCACGGCUGGGAAGCCAAAGAUUGAAAGGAGGUCGACCAACACGAGGGCCUCCAACGUCACCACGCCAACCGCAGCAGCCCCCCCUAGCGUUCACGGCGGCCACGACGAUGAUGUUACUAGCGAACACUCCUUCCAACACCAGGGACACCCAGAAUCGAAACUCCGGAGUCGGAUCGGCACCAUGUUGGGACGCCGACGACAGAGUGUCCAUGCCGGGUUUGGGCAAAUAUCUCCUCAGAAGGGACUCGGCCCAUUUUCCAGGAACCUCGGAAGCAGCCACGGCCACGCCCUGUCACCGAGAUCUUCGUCUCACAACUUGAACAAUGACUCUCAGAAUAGGUUAUCGUCCGUUGUCGAGACUCCCAAGAGCCCGGGUGCCGCGGAUCAUCGCGACUCGACAGCGGAGAAGGAGAAUGCCAGGGCUUCACAUGAGGGUCCUAACGGCACGAACGGGGUCAUUGGUGGGGAUGGCAACAAGGAUGUGCAGUCAUCCAGCCUUCUGAAUGGAACCGCCGAGGACAUAUUUGACGUUCAGCCACCUCCAGGGCCUCCGCCAGCGCAGCAAAAGGAGGAGCCAUCAAAGGAUGCUGAAGGGUUCACGAUUCCAGGUGCCAUGAACGAUCCCAUCUCUCGGGCCCAGAGGGAGGCGGCGGCCGAGGAGGGGGAUCACAUGUUUAAGCUUAACAUCCAAAACGAGCCCAUCGCCGAGGAGGACCAGGAUGCGAAGCAAGCAGCCUUGUCCAAUGUAGCCAGUGUUCUGACGACCAUGGGGGCGCCUGCUAGAAAGACGGGUACUGUCCGUGGCAGGAGAGAUGUAAGAAAUACGGUUUACAUGCCAGCCCCAACACACGAAGUACCCGGGAGCGCAUUCCCGCCAUCACCAUCACUACCUCCCACGACGCUGGCAAGGCCCACGCCGCCAUUCUCGACGGAAGGGAGCCAUACCUCUCGUGCUUCCGACACCCAGUCGAUCCGCUCAGGCACCUCGCUUGGCGGCGCAUCAUCCUACAACGGUUUUGCUAGGCUGCGGCACCCGGACAUGCACGGAUCCGAGCAUGCGACCGGCCUGAAUUCGUCAGUGAUUGAAUCGGUGUCUGCCAUUUUUGAAGAGGGCGAGGUCAAGUCUGUCAAGGUGACGGGCGAGAUUGCGUUGUCCUACAACCCUGACCCCGACGCUGCCCAGCCAGACCACGAAACCAUCAAGCUUAACAAGUUCUCGCUGCUCGAAUCCAUCGGUCCUAACCGCACCUUUGUCGGCAACACGAUUUCGCCCGAUGAGUUUACGGUCGAUGUUUCGCACCUCGGCAGCACAACCACCGCCUUCACCUACCGCGUCCACUCCGAUUCGGAUACGGCUUUAGCCAGCCAGUGUCCGAUUGUCAUCCACCCUGUAUGGAAGCCUCAAGGUGACAAGCUUGGUCUGCUGCUGCAAUACCGCCUCAACCCGGCCUCGAACCUGCCCCGUCCAGUAACACUCUCGAACCUCUCCUUUGUAGCAACAUACGAAGGUGCCAAGGCAAGCGGCGUGCAGACCAAGCCCUCGGGCACGCACCUGAAGGACAAGCACCUUGUAUACUGGCGCCUCGGGGACGUCACCCUGACCCAAGACUGGGGCAAGAUCAUCUGCCGGGUGAUUGGAGAACAAAACGCCGAGCCACAACCGGGUCAUGUGGAAGUGAGGUGGGAGUACACAUCUAAUGAAUCGGAAGGGCCAGGAACAGGUAGUGGGAUUUCGGUAGCCAGAUUAGGGGAGAGCAAGGGCAAGGAGAGGGAGCUGGACGAGGAAGACCCGUUUGCUGAUGCGGGGAGCUUGGCGAGUCCGAAGGACACGAGGAGGUGGGUUGACUUGCCAGUGGUGAGGAAGAUGGUGGCGGGGAAGUACAUGAGUCGAAGUGAGUCGAAGUGAGUCGGGUUCAAAAAGAUGUGCUUUGUUCCAACGAUGUGUGGAAUGAAGGAGUUUCAUAAGGAACCUAUUAAGCCAGCAUGGAUGGAUGGAAUGAUGUGGAAGAAGGCAAAGAAAAGCCUUGCUCUCGUUUAUAUAAUUUUCCUAGGGUUUUUUUUUUUUUUUUGUUAACUUUCUUACUUGUAUCACUUGUAACUAUUCUUAUUGUUGGAUUAUUAUCGCUUGUUUUUGAGGCGUGGUUGUGUGAGUGAUGUGGUGAGUAAAGGUGAAAAUGUAUGUAAGUGGUGAGGAAGCUGGGAGGAUGGGGGCAUGAUGUAUACCUGGUAGGCAAGUACACUUUUGAAGAAAUGAACAUAUUUUCUUUUCAACACGAAAGUCUUAGGCAGCUACAUAUCACAAGCC